UAAUAAAAUGCAAUAGAAUCCUUUAUAGUUAUUUUUAAGUCUUAUGGCAGCUAGAGAGGAAGUGAUAUUUAUGAUUAGAAUAAUUGGACAUUAGAUGCAAGAAGAUUGUAGAAAUAAAUUAGGAACAUUAAAGGAGUUAUCAGAAGAGAUUUAUCGAGGAGAAUAGAAAAGAGAAAAAUUUGAAAAUUAUCUGUAUCAACAUUUAGGAGAAGGUUAUCGUAAGGUAUUUCUUCCAAAAAUUAUAUAAAAAUAUAUAAAGAUAACACAAUACUAUUUAGUGAAGACACAAGUAAUUUUUAUAUAUAAAUAUUAGAUAUACUUUCCAAAAUAAGGAUAAUAAUUGUGUUAGGAUAUUGCUAAUUAGCCAAAUGUAAGAACAGCAAUUUAAUAAAUAAUCCAAGAGCCUUUAGUUGGAAUUUUAAAAUUUAUAAUCAAUUUUCAGCGAUAAAAAUUAAAACAUGAGCUUUCACAUCUGUUAAAUUAUGAAUAGUAUAAAGCAAUAUAAAAUCAAGAGAAGAUCGAUGUAAUAGAAAUGAGAAAUUUUACAGUGAACCAUUGAUACUAGGAGUAUAUGGGCUAAGAUAUUUGAAUGAACUACAUAGGAAAUAUUGCUAUACAGUUAGUAGACAUUGCAAUAGAAAUGUUUAUGAUUUGUUAUUUUUGGAUGAUAAUACAAAAGCCUUAUAUUUUUCUGGAGGAGGUAAAUUUUAUUUUUAUCAACAAAUAGGAUUUAUAAGUUUAAUAAGUAGUAUUACAAAGUUAAAGGAUAAAUCAGUUGAUAAUACUUAAUCAUUGUACAUUCCUGUAGAAAGUACUGUAGAAAUUAUAACUUAAAGAUAUGAAAAAUUGAUAAAAGAACUUAUGGAUUAAAAUAUUCAUGUUUAAAAGUCGAUUAAUAGAUAUUACGAAUAACAUAAAAGAUUUAAGAUGAAAUCUUUAUCAAAGAAGGGAUAUUCUACACCCAAUUCUAAGGUACAAAAGAUAAAAUCAUAGCAAACUAAUCAAUAGAGAAAUUUUGAGUCUGGUCCUAUACUAAGUGAUAGGGGUAGAUAUUCAGAACCUAUAUGUAGAAAUCCUCUAUUAUAAUCAGAUUCUAUAAAUUCAUUUUAAUUAAAAAAUUAAAAAUGCAGGACAUAAAAAUAAAGUGAUCUUAUUUUGAGUGGAUUUGUUUCUCCAAAAUAAACAAAUGUUAGAAAACAAUAAAGAGGUGCCAAAAAUUAUGAAGUUGCUGUAUUAAAAACAUCAGCUCUCCAACCCUUUUCUGAUUUCCCUCUCAAGAUUAGUUCUAAUAAGAAAAAAUAAUGA